CCACAAACGCGCAUAAAGUUAAACUUUUGACCGACUCGGAUUAGCCAGAUAGACUCACUUGUUUUCUCAUUGAUAUCAUCCAAAUGCCCAGAAGACGCGUGCCAUCAGGGCCAGGUAGACCUCCUUCUCAACCACCAUCCGGAGACGAAGGAGACAUAGAUUUCAAGCACUCUCAGGGCAGCAGUGAUGACCACAACGAAACGUUCGCGGUCGUCGCAGCGGAGUUUAAAGCGACCUGGGAGAAAAAGCUGAGGGGACGCGAUGAUAAGAUAGUACAGACGACACAAAAGGAACUCCACCUUGCCCUCCAGAACAAGGAAACCGAAAUAGCCAAUAUCAUAAAUGAUAUGGAGGCCCUUCACCAGGAUUUCCUCGAACAAUAUGCGAUUCUAGAAGACAAGAAGCGCAAAAUCACAGCUGCGAUUGCUGAAGCCCAGGAAGAACUUAUACCGCUCGCGGUCAAAUGCCACCAAGCGAAUAUCAGCCUCGGACACGAGGUCGAGAACGGCCAACUGGAAGGGAUGGCCCUCAUCAAGGGUGCUUGUCAGUCCACGCGGGACAUUGCCCAGGAACUAGGCACAUCACACUUCGAUUGCUGAAUGAUAGCACGAUAUAUUGUUCCCCCUUGACCAGCUUGGUCUGUAUUAAUUGUUUGUAGAUACGGUCGGCCUAGCCCAUGUUAAUAGACUGCAUAUAUGGACUGCUCGACAUGUCAGCCGUUUCAUCCCCGCUUCCGCAUUGUAUGACAUGGGCGGCCAGCAGUUUUACCUCGCCGCUGAACAUCAUAUAUCAAUAAGUCGUCAUG